AUGUUUGCUCUUCGACGAGUCGCACGACCCACCACCGUUCUCCGAGCCCCCACUCUCCGAAACACCACCCGAAACAUCAACCAGAAGGUGGAGGAGGUUCUCAAGGACGGUCCUUACAAGAUCAACAAGGCCGGCGCUGAGGCUUACGAGGCCGAGUACGUGGCCACCGAGAAGCAUGCCGAGCACACCUCCAAGCUGUGGCGAAAGAUUUCCAUUUACAUUUGCACUCCCGUGAUUCUGGCCACCUGCGUCAACACCUACUUUGUUGAGGCUGCCCAUGCCGAGCACCGAGAGCAUCUGUCUCAUCUGUCUGAGGAGGACUUCCCUCCUGAGUACGAGUUCCAGAACGUUCGAACCAAGAACUUCUUCUGGGGCGAUGGUGACAAGACUCUGUUCUGGAACCCUGCCGUCAACCGACACAUCCGAUCUGACUAA